AUGAAGGUCCAGUUGGUGGUCAGAUAUGUGAACGCGUUGAAGGACACGGUCAUUGAGGCGGAUUCGGAUUCGGAGAUUGUGAAAAACCUGCCCACCUCGUACAUCAGAGAGCAGAUACGGGAGAUGCACCCCGAGCUUGUGAGGAAGCGGUUGAAGCUGCUCCACAACGGGCGGGUGCUGAUGUCGCACACGGACUUCACGAAGGAGAUUGCGUAUCUUCAGAAAAGCUGGGACGAUUACGAUGACGACGACGCUGUCAGAGCGGGCGCAAGCGGGGCCACCGGUCCCGUCAAAAUAUACUUCCACUGCAUAGUCGGCGACAACUUGAGUGACCAGGAGCUUGCGGACGAGGAGAAGCUUGACCAGCAGCCGGUGAAGAGCACGACAGAGGCUCCGAAGGGAUUCGACCGGUUGCUGUCGCAGGGGUUCAGCGCCGACGACAUCGAGGACCUCCGGAGACAGUUCUUCCGGCUCCACGGUACGCAGUUGCCCGCCAACGCCAACGCCACGCAGAUUCGGGAGCUCGAGGACCGCUGGAUAGACAGCAGCGUCAACCACGAGAUCGACGAAUUCCCCGCAAACCUCAGGCUCAACCUGGCUUCCAACGGCACAGACAGCGCCUACAGGGCCAACGGCGGCAGCGAGGACGAGGAUCUAGACGCCAGUACGGCCGAAGGCGCCGGCUCCCCGGGAGCCAGUGCUGCCAGAGGAGGCACCACAGAGACUGUCAACGUGCGGGAGCAAAUGAUACUACGAGACACACAGAUCCACAAGGGCAUGUUUAUCGGCGUUUGCGUCGGCUUUGCCCUCGGUGGCCUUGCCUUGCUGCUCUUGUUCAUGGAUGUGGGCGGCGUCUUUGGCAAGCGGACCCGCAUGGCCGUCAUCAGCGGUGUCGUCGUCAACCUCUGCUUUGGUAUCCUCCGUUUGUGGGGCCAGUAG